CCAGCAUCCUUGCAACACAGCUUCAACUUUCAACCUUUUUUCUUGGCUCUUCACAAACUGUUCCUUUUUUUUUUUUUUGAUCAGUACCUUCACAAACUGUUCCUUAAAGCUACUCAUUUCCCAGCCAAGAUGUUCCAUGGUCGUCUCCCUUCUGCUCUAUCAUUUGGAACCUUUGGAAUGAUUUGGAAUAAUAGGAACACUCUUUGCUUUCAGCAAUUUACCAAUCUUAGUGUGAUUUUACACAAGCCACUCCAAUUUGUGGCGGAAUACUGGGCUUCUAGAACAUGCAUCCCCUGCACUAGAACCCAAGCUUUUGCCCCCAUUAAAUGGGAAACUCCACCACCUGGGUGGAUAAAACUUAACUCCGAUGGAUCUUGUUCAACUAAUCCAUGUAUUGCUGACGCCGGAGGGAUCAUCCGAGAUCAUCUUGGAAAUUGGAUCAUAGGCUUCACUAAGAACCUAGGUCAUGGUUCCAACGAUGAAGUUGAAUUCUGGGGUCUUAAAACAGGCCUGGAGAUUGAAUGUUUUAAAUGAGUCAUAAGCUACUAACAGCUCUCAUAAGGCUUUGGUUGCAUGUUGCAGGUCUCUGAUCCUUCUAUUUAAGGACACUCGCAUUAGACAUGUUUAUCAGAAAGCAAAGAAUAUGGUCGCUACACUUGCCAAGAACAAUGUAUUUAUGGAGGAAAUUUUUAUUUUUUUCGUCUGUUCCUUUGUUUUGUGCACAAUGUUUCUCUCCUGAUCGAGAUGACUGUUGUGUGUACAUAACCAUAUUUUGUUGAUUAAGUAGGGGAAACCUCCUUCUCACAGUGUUUUCUUUUUCCUGGUUUGCCCUGUAGUAUUUCUUUCUCCCAAUCUCCCUUAUACAUUGGUCUUUUCUCUUAAUUUUUACAAAAUAUUUGUUUAGUUUCCCUUUUAAUCAUUGAACUUUACUCUUUAUGCAUUUCUAAUGAGGGGUGAAAUUAACACUAUUAAUCCCAAGUCAUUUUCCGCUAUUGCCCAUGGUAUUUUGUUCUCUUCUUGUAGUACAUAACAAGGAGGGAUGUUUGGCCAUAAAUUAUCACCUUUUAU